AUGAAGCAGAAAUUUCGCCAGGCCUCUGGCAUACCCGGCAUCGUGGGUUGCAUAGAUGGGACCCAUGUCCGCAUCCAGGCACCAUCCGAACACGAGUAUCUGUACAUCAACCGAAAAGGAUACCACUCAAUCAACGUGCAGAUUGCUUGCGAUGCCAGUUACAGCAUUUUUAACUUGGUGGCAAGGUGGCCUGGGUCAACCCACGAUGCCAGAAUACUCCGGGAAAGCCAACUGAGCAACACCUUUGAGGCUGGAGGAGUAAGUGGCUUCCUUCUCGGCGACAGUGGCUACCCCUUGAAACGGUGGUUAAUGACACCCAUCAUCGCUCCCAGGACCCAGCAAGAACGGCGGUACAAUACUAUCCACGCCGCCACUAGGUCUACCGUCGAGCGAUGCAUCGGAGUGCUCAAGCGCAGGUUCCACUGUCUACAUGGGGAGAUGCGGAUGCACCCGGAGAGAGUGUGCACGGUGAUUGCAGCAUGCACCGUACUCCACAAUAUCUGCAUCAGCAAAAGGAUCCCCCUACCAAUGGAAAAUGACCUGCUGCCAGAGGAAGAUGAGGCUCAUGUCCCUGUGGCUCAUGAUGAUGUCUCUGGACGACUUCUUGUUGGUUUCAGCCUCCACUCGAAUGAUCUCUUUCUCCAGAAGGAUAUGGUGUAG